GGCUAUAACACGCCUUUGAUAUGUCCUGUUUAUCUAGGCUAGGCCUACAACAAAGCUUGUCUCUUAUUCUCGCGUUGGCAGUGGUUAGACAGUGAGCUAUGUACGAUAAUAGCUGGGGGUGAUGAAGCAGGUCUGAUGAUGUCAGUUACAGUGCGCCGGCUGGGUAUAGCCUACCGAGCUGAACAAAAUCCAGCGUUCUUCCAACUACAAGAGAGCUAUUUAAGAAGGGCUAUUGGUUCACGCCCUAGUCAGAAAGAUUUUUGAGUCGUGACAGUUCAACAAUGGACAGCGAUGAUGACAUCGAAGAGGUCGUAGACGGUCCAUUGGAUGAGAAUGACCAGCCACAUGGCUUCUGCAUGGUCACCUACUCCUCUAGUGACCGCUUUGAGGGCCACUUUGUGCAUGGAGAGAAGAAUGGGAAAGGGAAGUUCUUCUUUUUCGAUGGGAGUACUCUGGAGGGCUACUACAUGGAUGACGGUCUGCAGGGCCAGGGUGUGUAUCGCUAUGAGGACGGGGGCUCUCUGCACGGCACCUAUGUGGACGGGGAGCUGAACGGCCCCGCGCAAGAGUACGACCAGGACAGCCGGCUCAUCUUCAAGGGCCACUACAGGGACAACAUCCGCUGCGGACUGUGCUGGUUCUACUAUGCGGACCGGGGAUGUGUGGUGGGGGAGGUGAAUGAGGAAGGGGAGAUGACUGGUAGCCACGUGGCGUACGUCUACCCUGAUGGCAACACGGCUCUGCUGGGCAGCUUUGUGGAUGGGGAGCUGAUCGAGGCUCGACUCGCCAGCCUGACUGUACAAGAGAACGGCCGGCCACACUUUGACAUCGUAGAUGACAGCACUAUUUAUUCUUAUGACAAGUCCACAUCCACCUGCAUUGCUAACCAGAGACUUCUCCCUGAUCCAUACGAGAGCCAGCAUGUGUUUGUUGGACAGUCGCUGAUCUCAGGAGCAGGAGAAGGCCUCUUUGCCAAGACUGAUGCGGACCCAGACACUGUGCUGGCGUUUUACAAUGGAGUUCGCAUCACACACUCUGAGGUGGACAGUCGGGAUUGGUCAGUGAACGGCAACACGAUCUCCCUGGACGAGGACACGGUCAUCGACGUGCCUCAGCCUUUCAACCAGAUAGACACUUACUCCGCCUCCCUGGGACACAAGGCCAACCAUUCCUUCACUCCCAACUGCAAAUACAACCCAUAUGUCCACCCUCGAUUCGGUCUCAUCAAGUGCAUCCGGACAAUCCGGGCGGUGCAGAAAGACGAGGAGCUGACCGUGGCCUACGGUUAUGACCACGAGCCUUCCUCAAAAUCCGAACUGCCCGCGCCCGAGUGGUACAUCAAGGAGCUCCGGGAAUUCCAGGAGCGCAACGGCGAGGUGCCGGCAGGCACGAAAGCUUGUUAGCGACUCUUACUGCUCCGUGCUGCCCUUCAGCUGCCUCUCGUACAAACACUUCCAUACCAUCACCUCACCCACUCUCUCCCCUACAAAACACUCUGCAAAUGUACCUGAUUGCAAAUUGUAAUGCCUCCUACCAACGUUUCUUACAUUCUCUCUUGCUCACUCCAUUUUGCUCUCUCUCAUCUGUUGUACCCAGCCCAGGUGAAUUCCUCCAUGGGCUACUCCUAAACUCCUUUUCCAAAACGGUUAACAGUUGAUGGCUCAUGUUACAACCUCCACCCCCCACUCGGACACCAGUAACCUGCGCUGUGUAAACUCAAUCUGAAUCUAAAUCUGAAUCUACCCUGAUGACCACAAUGACCCUCAGUCCCUUUCCCUAUACAGUACUCCAGUGUAACUUAUUGCUUGCCAUCUCUGUCAAAGCAAAGUAAUGAUUUGAUCCAGCCCUCUACACCUUAAUUUCCCUCGGGAUCAAUAAAUGAUACUCUAUCUCUACUUUACUUCUAUGUAAUUACAAUGAAACUCAUGGUGUGUGCAUCUGCAGAGAGUUUGUUCCACAGUGCUUGGUGCUGGUGUUUGCACACAUCAGGAGGUCUUUCAAGAUCAGCACAAAAAAGGCAGUGGCCACCAGACGUCAGACACACCCAGUAAUAGGCUAUGUACACACAAACCCAGGGGAGCUAUGCAUUCACAGUAUGUAUUUAUCCUCCAACCAGGUAAUCUGUGGGAUGUGCAGAUCUGUAGUGAAGUCACCCCCUGCAACAGUGGCAAUGACAUUGGGAAGUAAUGGAUUGCUAUGUGAUUUAUUUAAUAAUCACUGAGUGCUUGUAUUGAAUAAUACACUAGCCCUAAACCCAAUAAUUAACUUGUUAGAAGUCUGCUCAGGUUUGUGCAAGUAAUCUUUCCUUUUUUUCCUCCUUCCUUUUUUUAAACAGUGUGUUAUUACUAGUUGUAUUUUGUCACUUGAUGUUCUCAUUUGUUAUGGGAGUUAGCAACUGUGAUAUUUCUCACUAACAGUGCUAUUUAUUUGUGCCGAAUUGUUUUCAUAUGCCUUGUAUCAAUAAUAUCCCAUUCUCUCUGCUAUACUGACAGAUGUUACUGGUGAUAUGUUACUGAUAAGACGGAGAACUGUUUACAAGUGUGCGUGCGUGCGUUUGAAAUCAUGUGCUGUAUGUGUGAAUGUGGACGAGGUGACAACUGAAGCAUAUGUGUAAUGGCAAAGGUCAAAUGCGUUUUCUGCUGUAAACCAGAACAGACUAAAUAAAAAAAAUGCCACAGCCGUUA